GUGGAUUCUUUGCCACCAAGCCACCUGGGAAGACCCGUGCAUCAUGGCUGUGUCCUAAAGCGCUCUUGAGUAACCUUCAGCUUGUCCUUGAGUCUGAAAUUGCUGAGCAAAGGCCCGUUGGCAAUGGAUGCCUCCCUUGCUCUGGACGGUGGCCCUGGUGCCUGCAGGAACCCACCAGGCUCUUAGGGGGCCCUGGCCUUGCCGGAGGAUUUGUCUUCCCCAAGAUCUUUGCCUCCAGAGCAGAAGCAGAGUCAGAGCAUAUGCUGAGCAAGUCCCAAGAAGGCACAGGUGACCGCAGGACGUGGGGGCCGCGUGUGGAUCAAUGGUGA